AUGACGCCCAGCAUCGCGACACUGCAGCAGCAGCAGCAGCAGCAGCAGCACCAGCAACAGCAGCAACAGCAGCAUUGUCUCGGAAAGAAGAAGGAGGCGAAGCCGCCAAAGAAGAAGGAUGAGGCGGAGAAGGAGAACAAAGACACAGAGGGGCCCCCAGAAGAUACAAACAAAGAUUUAGCUGAGGGGCCCCCCGAAGAAAAAGACAAAGAAGAGGGGGGCCCCCAAGAAGAGACAGAUAAAGACAAAGAGGAGGGGGGCCCCCAAGAGGAGACAGAGGGGGGCCCCCCGGAAGAGACAGAUAAAGAUAAAGAGGGGGGGGCCCCCAAGGACACAGACAAGGAGGAGGGGCCCCCAGAAGACAAAGACAAGGAUAAAGAUGGGGGGCCCCCUGAAGAGACAGAUAAAGAUAAAGAGAAAGAGAAAGAAAAAGAAAAAGAGAAGGAGAAAGAGAAAGAAGAGAAAGAGAAAGAGAAGGAGAAAGAGGAAGAAAAAGAGAAAGAAGAGAAAGAUAAAGAAAAAGAGAAAGAAGAGAAAGAUAAAGAGAAAGAAAAAGAAAAAGAAAAAGAGAAAGAAAAAGAAAAAGAGAGAGAGAAAGAGAAAGAAAAAGAGAAAGAAAAAGAAAAAGUGCAAAAAGAAGAAAAAGAUAAAAAGGAGGGUGGGGGCCCCAAAAAACCCGAAAAAGAAAAAGAGAAAGAGGAGGGGCCCCCGGAAGAGAAAAGCAAAGCAAUAGGUAGGGGGGCCCCCGAAGCGCCAAAAAAGGGUACAGAUAAUGGGGGCCCCUCAGCAGCAGAAUUUCGUGCUCUUCGUCCAGCAGCAGAAGAAGAAGAAGAAACAGCAGCAGCAGCAGCAGCAGCAGAAGGAGAAGGAGAAGCAGAUGCUUUGCCUAUAAAAUUACAAACAAAAGACAGCAUGCAGGGGGCCCCUGAGGAGACAGGGUAUGUAUAUUGUUUGCUGCUGCUGCUGCAGCAGCAGCAGAAGAAGAAGAAACAGCAGCAGCAGCAGCAGCAGCAGAAGGAGAAGGAGAAGCAGAUGCUUUACCUAUAA